AUGCAAAAUCCGAAUUCCAGACCCACCACGGUUCUCCCCCUCAAUCCUAGUGUCAGCCCGGGAGAAAGCCAACCUUCCUCUUUCUGGCCGGUCCUCAACCUUUCCAAAGCGAGGAAAUUCUCAUCUCCUCCCCGAUGGACCAGCAUGAAGCCUGCCGACAAGCACUUUCGCUGCACAGUCUGUCAGCGAGCCUUCACACGCAUUGAUCACCUCAAGAGACACCACCUGCGUCAUUCCGGUCAAAAGCCUUACUCAUGCGUUUUCUGCAACGAGACCUUUGCACGAUGCGACAAUCUUCGUGACCAUUAUAACGAUUGCGCCCAACGUGGUGAUCGUCAAAUCCCUGAGACUGGCCAGAGGGGCCGUCGGCGACAUGCAUGUCAAUCUUGCACCUCGAUGAAGCUUCGUUGCGAUGGCGCAAGUCCCUGUGGCUCAUGCGUGAAGAGAGGUCUCGAUUGCAACAAUGAACGACUCAUCCGCGCGGACACCCUCCACGAUCUCGACGAUCCCAUGACGCGACCGCCUGCACAAAAUAUUGAAGAUGGGUCUUCAAGCUUCGGGUCUCCCUCGGCUAAGCCAGAAAUAUUCGACCAGCCUUCGGACCGCGGAUCGAUCAAGUUCCUCCUCAAUGGCGGUACCGACAGCUUCACCGAACAAUUUCGGCUCCCGCCACGAGAUGAUCGCGCUCGGGAGAAUCGAUCAGAAUUUCCCCAACUAUUUGCUGGUCCGGAUCCCUCGUCUCUUCAAUUUUUCCAAGACACAUUUCUGGACUUUUUCAAUGGACCAUUUGGUGACAACCAGAAAUCCCUGGAGGACCCUUAUACGGCUCGUAUCGACUUUUCCACACCUGAGCAAGAUCCAAGUCUAGCCAUGCAAUCGGAUCCUGCAGCCUUCGAACCAGAACAGCCAUUCGCAAUGGCUCUCGUUCAAUCUAUAUUGGCAAGGGCGUGGACUGUACCGCUAGAUCCUAAGGCCCAGGAGGAAAUAUCGUCCGGCCUUAACUUCUUGCUCACCACAGCGCGCAUACGGAAAUUCUUGUCGCUUUAUUUCAGGUAUUGGCAGAAUAAUUGCUCCAUCUUUCACGUCCCUUCCUUUGACCCGGAGACAACUUCACUGCCACUUCUCGCCGCGGUGACAUUUAUGGGCGCUAUGUAUAGCACAGACCCGCGGGAAACUUACAUCGCAAAACGAGUUUUGGACUUUGCUGAGCUCUUCGUGUUCUCCAGCCCCGUUUUCUCAGCAGAGACAGAAGUGGCUUCUGUGUUCUCCGGUCAGAAGACCCCGGAGGAAGACGAUAACGACUGGGUGAAGUUUCAAAAUUUCUUGGCUGGCCUCAUUAUUACUGUUGUUCAGUACUGGGCAGGUAGCCGCGCCUCGAGAAACCGUGCGAUGGAAAAUCGAUUCAGCGAAAUCGUCAAAAUCGCCCGACGACUCGAUCUCGUGAAAUGCCGGCAUCAACUCCAUGAGCAGCUGCAGGAGCAUCUUUGGAUUCAGACUGAGUGCCGCAUUCGUGCCAUUAGUGUCAUCUCUUUGCUUGAUUGUGCAUUCUUCUUUUACCAGAACUACCCGUGCCGUCUGACUCAUUCUGAGAUGGAAUGCGAGCUACCAUGCGAAGAGUCUGUAUUUCAGGCCGAGCACCCCUUUUCCGAGCCCAGUUUUCGGUUUAAUCGGGAUAUCACCAUCUACUCCGCUUUUCAAAAAUUAUUUGAACCUGUGAAACAAGAGGGCCAAUCUGUCGAUAUUUACGAUAUGGGGCUGACGGUCUUGGAUACAUUCAUUCUGAUUCAUGUUUUAUUCGCCUUCAUCAAUACACAUAUGACACUAGUCGGACUCUUGAAACGGCAAAGUUCUGUCAUCCAAGCUUUACAAAAUACAACCCACGGAGAUGGUAAUAGGAGCAUGAUACCGGAAGACUCAUUAUUGAUCUCAAUUCGCACCGCUCUGAACCGCUGGCGUUACUACUGGCUCGCAGUCCGCAGUCAAGUCUCAAACGACGAAUGGGCCUCGAUGGGAUUCUACAAGAACGGCUAUAAUUUCUGGCUCGUCUCGCAGCUUCUUAUCACGAACAAGGAUGCCGUUGAUGUCAUUCUGCAAAUGGAGGUCCAUUGCGAAGAUAAGCUGGAGAAGUUGAAGGUGUUGCUUAAGGACGAACAGGACUAG